AUGAUCUCACCUAGCGAUCUUGUCGUUAUUAUUGCGGCCGGUGGCCAUCAGGCCACCUACAUUAUCCCUAACUUGUAUGGCAAGGUCCGCCUCCGUCUUGUGGUCCGCACCGGGAAGUCUGCUCAGACUCUCGCCACCAGAUGGCCGGAAGCAGAGGUAGUCACGGCAGAUCUUCAGGUCCCAAAGGACUGUGAACGGGUUCUUGACGGGGCGAGCACAGUAUAUCAUAUUGGACCGUCUAUCCACCCCCAUGAGAAGGAAAUCGGACUUUACAUGAUCACUGCGGCAAAGCGGAUUUCUCGAAAGCCUGGAUCUGUCUUUAAACACUUUGUCUGUGCGACUGUGGUCGACACCCAGCUUAGAAAGAUGUACAACCACGACGACAAAAGAUACAUCGAGGAAGCCCUAAUCAUGUCUGACCUGGACUAUACUAUCAUGAAGCCGGGAGACUUCUUCGACAUGGCGUUUCCAGUGAGCGUCUGGCUGCAGAUGGAGAAGCCAGUCCGUCACGCUGUCACAGCCCAGCAGGCGCGGUCUUCCUUUGUCGUGCUUAGAGACCUAGGAGAGGCUGUGUCAAAGGUGAUUCUUGAGCGGGAGCCCCAUUACCAGGCCCAGUACCCUCUUGUUUCUAUUGGUCCUAUUACGUAUGGGGAGGCCACUCUAGAGGUCGGCAAGGCCAUCGGCAAGGAGAUCGCCAUCCAAGAGUACUCGAUAGAAGAGGGUGCUGGUGUGGUCCUGGACUCCAUCUUUGGAAGCCGAGAGAACGUGGAUCCGGACACAAGGGAUAAAAUGGAGAUCAUGAUUUACUUCUACAGGAGGAGAGGCAUCAUGGAAAACAAAAAUGUCCUGGGAUGGCUGCUUGGAAGAGAGCCUACCUCCAUUCAAGAAUACGUGCGACAAGAGCGAGACCAGCCCAAGGACGAGAGUUUCAAGGCUGCGUUCAAAGCUUGA